CAAAGACAAGACAGUAUUUUGUUCGAGUCAGUAUUACUAUGCAUAUGCGCAUGAUGAGACGAAGUAAGAUAGUUAGUUCCAACAAACGAAAAACGUCCGAGUAAAGACGGAGUUGGAGACUCAAGUCUCAUAAUAUCAGGCCUCGUUUCAACUACAGCGCUGGAUAAAACAGUGCGCGAGUGUCCUACACGACUCGAUCGUAGAUCUAGGAAUUAGGAGUAGUUGAGUAGAUCCCGCAGUGCAGUCUGUUGCCUGUGUUGGGUCAGUGUGAGUGUAACCUGCUGUGCAGUGUGUAGGCCAGUAGGGUGCGGAUGGACGGUCAUGAUGCGGCAAGCAACGGCGAAGCGGCGCAAAGCCACAUCGAGCUAUUCAGCAGCGAUGGGCCGGUUGCAACAGCGGGUACGUUCACAAACUUCACCCCGGCUUCUUCAGCGCCCAAUGAAUUAUUUGUAACGACUAAAUGCGAGCAGCUCAGCGAUGGCAACAUGGAGAGGCCCUCUGUAGCUGCACCCACAUGCUCACCUAGCUCAGAAACUGAGGGAGGUACUUCUCCACUACUAGCAAAGCGACCUGCUUGUCCACGGUUUCCCUCCACAAUGGAUGAAGAAGCGUUGCACUGCGGAGAGAGUAAAAGAGCUGAGCGUAAGCCUUUAGCGUUACAACCGUCGAGUCUUUCUCGUUGUGAUGCCAGAAAAGGUGCGUUGUCAUCCCCACUCGGAGCAUUUCGUGCCCUUCCCCAAGAGUUGCCAGACAAACAAGGGUUUCCUACCCACACCCGUACGUUAGCGGAUAAUUCAGCCAGUAAAACAUCUACGCACCCGUAUGGAAGAACUCUAUGUGCUGGUUCAUGUGGAGUGUCCAGUGACUACAGUUUUUCGGCGACUCUAGCUGUCGGUGAUGGUGGCACUGGUUAUAAUUCCACUGCAGCUAGCCGCAUGUGUGAACUGAGCAGGGUGAAAGCUAGCCCGGCGAUUUCCAGUAGUGCUCCUGCGGCAGCUUCCUCCGCUUUGCAAGCCACGCCGACAUCGAUGGGCCAUGAUCUCACUGUGGCAGCAGCAGCUGAAGCAAAUGAUCUUUGUCUUAGUACAAGCGCUGGUAAUAUUCCAGGAGUAAAGUCUGAGAAUGCGUUGCUAGUUGCUGCUGGUGUGGUGUCAGAUGAUGAAGCGGACAGUCAAGUCCGGUUUGUUGUGCCUAGACUGUCAGCAGCAGCAGCAGGCGGUGCCGCCACUGCACAAGAUACGGCUGCUUCGCCAGAUAUACUUUCUGACGACUCUGACUCUAUAGUGCUGGAGGAUAGCGAUGAUGCACACAGCGGCGAGGCUGCCGUUGCUGGCGACGCUGAUGAAGUCGAAGGUCCGGAGAAGUCGCAAUGUGAUGGUCCUAGUCCUGUCAGGCGUCACAGUAGAGCAACUCUUGCAGCGGGAUCAGCAAGUGGAAUGGCUUCAUCUACAUCAUCCCUUGGUGCUGGUGCUGUUCAUGGUGUCUUAUCGCCACAGGGAUCACUUAGGUCUGCGACUCGCCACUCACUGCCAAGAGGAAGCAAGCUGCAGCGGCCAUUGUCACAGGCUGAGUCCCUCAAUGUCUAUCCGUACAUGGAACCACGCCAUGCAACAAACUUGUUGACAAAGAUCGAGCGGCUGUGGACUGACAACAGCUUGUGCGAUGUGAUCCUGGUUGUUGACGGACGCCGUAUACCUGCUCAUCGCAUCGUGCUCUGUUCGACAAGUGAAUAUUUCUAUGCUAUGUUUGCUGGUGCUAUAUCUGGAAAGGAAACCAGAAUGCCGGAGGUGGUUAUACACGAUGUGGAUGGAGCAGCAAUGGCACAGCUCGUGGCCUACUCCUACACAUGCAAAUUGGAUAUCCACAGUCAGAAUGUUCAGAGCUUGCUGAAGGCAGCAUCCAUGCUACAAAUGCAUGACGUGAUGAUGGCCUGCCAAAACUACAUGUGCGAGCAACUUCAUUCGUCCAACUGCCUCGGUAUCCGGGCAUUCAGCCAGCAGUUUGGGUGCGAGGCUUUGUAUGAGUCAGCUGAGACGUUCGUGGAGGAGUACUUUCUGGAUGUGAUAAAGCAUGAAGAAUUCCUGCAGAUGAGCACUGAUGAUGUGGUAGAGCUCCUGUCUCGAGAUGAUGUGAAUGUGGAGAAUGAGUGCCAAGUGUACGAAGCGGCUUUGCGCUGGAUUCAGCAUCAGCAAAGUGGCACAGAUCGGCGGCAACACACUGCAAGGCUCCUAGGCUGUGUACGCUUGCCAUUCCUACCACCGGAGUAUAUUGCUGAUCAUGUUGAAACCGAGGAGAUCAUCCAAUCAUCUCCAGAGUGUCAGCCACUUUUGCUGGAGGCUUUGAAGUACCAUCUACUACCAGAACGCUGCAUUCUAAGUAACAAUCCACGCACUCAUCCAAGACGUUCAACAGUCGGCUCGCUGUUUGCGGUAGGAGGUAUGGAUCUUUCUCGGGGUGCCAUGACCAUUGAGGAAUAUAAUUAUCGUCUCAAUCAGUGGAGAACAGUUGGUGAAAUGCGAUCAAGACGCUUGCAGUGUGGCGUGGCAGUCAUUGACCGCUUCAUCUACACAGUCGGUGGCAGGGAUGGCUUGAAAACGCUCAAUUCUGUGGAGAAGUUUGACACACGGCAUCACAGCUGGAGUACUGUUGCGUCAAUGUGCACCCACCGGCAUGGUGUUGGAGUUGCUGUGUUGUCGGGUCCAAUGUAUGCUGUUGGUGGACAUGAUGGGUGGUCUUACCUCAACACAGUCGAGAGAUAUGAUCCAGAUCUGAACGGCUGGUCAUUCUUGCAGCCCAUGCAGGCGGCACGCAGUACAGCCGGUGUGGCAGUGCUCGCUGGCAAGCUGUACGCAGUGGGUGGACGGGAUAGUAUCUCAUGUCUUGCUUCUGUGGAGUGCUACGACCCACAUCUCAAUCGGUGGAUCGGCUGUCCAGCGAUGAGUCAGAAACGUGGUGGUGUUGGUGUAGCUGUGUGCAAUGGAAAGCUAUUUGCCGUUGGUGGCCAUGAGGCAGCUACUCCUUUUGACCUAGUGGAGUGCUUUGACCCAGCUGUGGGACAAUGGACAAAGGUCAGUCCAAUGAUGUCAUGCCGCGAUGCAGUUGGAGUGACAAGCUUCGCAAACAAGCUCUUCGCAGUGGGUGGCUACAAUGGCUACAUGUAUUUGAACUCAGUGGAGUGCCUGAACAUUGCCAACAAGAAAUGGGAAAACACAUCAGUGUUGUGUACCGGAAGGGCCGGCGCAGGCGUUGUUGCAGUGAAGGAUGUGCGUGACCGUAGCACUGAUGAAGACUGUGAGAAGAUGAUCUUGCCAGUCUGAUUCAAGAUGAUCUUGCCAGUCUGAUUCAAGAUGGUCUUGCCAGUCUCAUUCAAGCCAGUUUUCACAUGCCUCAGAUUAUCCAUGUGAUGCAUGGCAACGUAGGCAAGAUUAUUUCCCCUCCCCUCACUUCAAUAGCUUGGAUUUUGCGUUUCUAGCAUCUUCCAUGUUCCUUGAGCAGUAGUAUGCGAGUACUAAGUAAGCGCCGCCCAUUCAGUGCAACGUAUACACUGCACACAGCAACUGUAUUGCCUAAUAUAUCUACCUAUGCCCACUGCACAGCGAUUAUAAAACUGAUAGCAAUGAAUAGCUCAUCUGCCAUAAUUAUAUUUCCCAUCUCCUUGUAGAUUUUAACCUUAAUAAGUCGUUUUCAUUAAUUAUAGUAAUAAUAAUACUACACGAGUGCUGUGACAGCAAACGACAAACGUAUAACCUUGUGGUGCUUCGUUCUGGCCUUGACAAUUUCACGUGUAUUUGGCACUGAGGAUCAUUGAGGAAACACUAUUUUAAUUCACAACUUGCACCAUGUAUCUUAUGAACAGCAUGCAUCACUUUCCCGCCAUUAGGUUUUGCGGGGCAAGUCCAUUACAACCGUACGAUACUGGCUCUGCAUAAAAAGGACAUUAUCAAAACAGGUGACAGCCAUCUUGGAUGCAUACCUCCCAUUGUGCAAGGAAUAGAAUUUAAAAAAAAUUAUUCAUUGCUAUUUUGCAACUAUUACUAGUCUUAGUAAAAUUA